CUCCAUGUGAAGGGAUGGACACCGCAUUAUAUACAAGUAGUAUAUUCCUUUUUGAAAUUAGCCUUUUAGAAUGAAAUGCUUACAUAUAGUCCUCAAUCUUGCCCCUGCAUAAGCCUCGCUCACCAUUCAUCAAUGGAAGAUGAAAGCAAAGAAUUGCAGCUACUUUCCAGCGCUCAAUAUUCUGCAGCUUCAUCAUCUCAGGCUUUGUUUUGGCCAUCGGAUUCUUCAACAAAAUUCAGAUCAAUGGAUGAUCAUUUUGAGGAUCCAUCACUUGACCUUCAAUUGUCAAUAAGUGUUAGUCCACUCAAGCCAGCUGCAGAUCGUGUUCGAAGAAGAAAAGUUAAAGAUUACAAAGAUGAAACGUUGGAGUCGAACCGUGUUGAGGCCCUGAGAUGGCAGGCAGCUGAGCACGCUCGAUUAGCAGCAAUGGAGAGCGCUUAUGCAGAGCGCGUGAAGGAGCUUACAAGGAAAGAGAUGGAAAUUGCCCAGUCUGAGUUUGCACGUGCCAGAUACAUGUGUGAGAGAGCUCGAGAAGAAGUCGAGAAGGCUGAGAAAAUGAAGGCUAUGGCCUGUAAACAGAUUGAUUCUACCUGCAGGGAAAUCACUUGCCAGUGUUGUAGACGAAAAUUUAGUUAAAAACUGCUAACCAGAUUUUGAGUCUAUGUUGGAGGAUUAAAAAACCACUGGUUGUCACUCACUUUUAGCUGAAAUUUCAUGUUCAUCACUCAACUUCAUUUUCUUCCAAGUUUAUCGUUGGUUGCUAAACAUUUGUUACAAUUUAAUAAAUCCGUCCAUGUCCUUUAGUCUGGAAAAUGGAAAAGCUGACAAACAUUUUAGUAGCAAAUAACUAUAGACUCCCAUAAUUUACUUCCUAUGAUAAGAGUAAAUGCACGAUGGAUUUGGAUUGGCAUUGCAAAAUGCAGUCUUUGACACUUCAAUCUCUACUAGAAGUUCCUUUACUGAAUCUUUUAAUUCUUGGGUUCCUCAUAAUUUCAUUUUUCGACUGAACUAUGUUAGUACUACAGAACUAUUAUUAGCCCUCAUACAUAGUCUUACAACUUUGCCAAUUUGAUAGAAUUGUGAAAGACUCGUUCACUCUGAGAGGGGGAAAAAAUAAUCUUUCUAUUGCUAUGGAAAGAAUAUUGGGCAUC